GCCAUGGCCGCGCGACGCCGCCCCUGCGCCGGACCGCUGCUGCCGCUGCCGCUGCUGCUGCUGCUCCUGCUGGGCGCCGCCGCCGGCCAGGAGGUGCCGCCCUCGUGCGACAGCCAGAUUUACUGCCAGGGAUCCUUACUAGACACUGUGCAGAAGAGCAAAAUUUACAGCGAUGACAAAACUUUUGUGGACAUGAAACAGAAAAAACCAUCACAAGAAAUUCUGUCUGAAUUCCAAACCUUGAUGGACUCAACAAAUGGCUCACCCUCACAAGAACAAAUACGGAACUUUGUUUCUGAUAAUUUUGAAGAGGGCAAGGAAUUGGAAGAAUGGACUCCUCCAGAUUGGGUAAAAAAUCCAUCUAGUCUAAACACUAUUAGGGAUCCAGAUCUGAGAAACUGGGCCUACUAUUUAAAUGACAUGUGGAAAGAGUUGGCUCGAAGAAUUUCAGAUGAUGUGAAAGAAAAUCCUGACAGAUAUUCCCUGAUAUAUGUCCCAAAUGGUUUCAUAAUACCUGGAGGACGCUUUCGGGAAUAUUACUACUGGGACACCUACUGGAUUGUUAAUGGCAUUCUGAUAUGUGGCAUGAAGGAAACAGCAAAAGGCAUUAUUGCCAACUUUGCUCAUAUGGUAGAAGAUAUAGGCCACAUACCAAAUGGUGGUCGUGUAUACUACUUAGAACGUUCACAGCCACCUAUGUUUGUACCCAUGAUUUAUUCCUAUACUACUUAUGUGAAGCCGCAUGAAGCACAAAUGAUAAUAAAGCAGUACAUAGAUACUAUGGACAAGGAGUUUUCAUUUUGGAUGUCAAACAGAACUGUAGCUGUUGAGAAAAAUGGAAAGAGCUAUACAUUAUGCCGCUACUACGCACCAUCAUCUGGUCCCCGGCCUGAGUCUUAUACAGAUGAUAUUGAGACAGCACAGUAUGCAUCAACAAAUGAAGCACGUGAAAAUAUAUACCACCAAAUAAAAUCAGGAGCUGAGUCCGGAUGGGAUUUUUCUGGACGAUGGUUCAUUAAAGACAAAACCAAUGCUGGAAAUUUGUCUAACAUACAAACACAGUAUAUUAUCCCAGUUGAUCUGAAUGCAUUUGUGUACUGGAAUGCUGAGAUUCUGUGCAAGUUUCACUCUAUUCUCCAUAAUCAUAAGAAAGCUCAGUACUACUGCACCAAAGCUAAGGAAUGGUUAGAUGCUGUGACAGAGGUUUUCUGGCAUGACGAUGUAGGUAUCUGGCUGGAUUAUGAUAUUUCAAACAAUGUGAGGAGAGAGUACUUUUAUCCAUCAAAUGUUGCUCCUCUAUGGACAGGAUGUUAUAAGAAGGAACGCAUCUCUAUUGAUAAAAUAAUUGCUUAUCUCAAAGAUAACAAAAUUGAUCGUUAUCCUGGUGGUGUCCCUACAUCCCUUGAUUAUACUGGAGAACAGUGGGAUUAUCCAAAUGCAUGGCCACCACUGCAGGGUAUAAUUAUACAAGGAUUGGACCUGACAGAAUACCCAAGGGCCCAGAAAUAUGCAUAUGAACUUGCACAGACAUGGGUUCAGUCAAAUUAUAAAUCAUAUAAAACAGAUGGAUAUAUGUAUGAAAAGUAUGAUGCUUCCAGCUUUGGGAGGAAAGGAGGUGGUGGAGAGUAUGAAGUUCAGACUGGUUUUGGAUGGUCAAAUGGAAUAAUCCUCGAGCUCCUGAAAAAAUAUGGCCAAGUACUAGUAGCUACACCCAAAACAAACAACCAUGAAUCUCGCAGAGCUGUCAAGAGACGGAAACAACAACGUGGAAAAAUUUAGAUUUCAGAUGAUGGACUUUGAUUAAAAAAUGUUGCGUGAUUUAUUUGUACUUGUAUUUUCUGAGAGAGAAAAAAGGAGUUGUAUAUGCUUCAACUGAUUGUUUUAAGAUUUAAUAAAAACAUCUGGAAUAUAA